CCCGCCAUCGUCAAAAAUUUGCCGCGAAACGGAGAAGAGACCUGCAAAGGAUCUCGCAGAUUCCUACCCUCUGCAUACCCUCUAUCCGACUGCUAAAAUUUUCAGGAUGCCUUCUGUGGAAGACUGGCUGCACAACCCUCUGGGAAUCAUCCAGGGGAUUUUUGACCAACACGGUGACUCGGACCUGCCGCAGAAAGUCGGGGAAUAUUUCCAGAACAGACUGGAGGGAAAAGAUGCCUUGGCCUGGGUGCCGUCGCUGAAUGACACGCCCCUGCACCACCUGAAGCCCAACAGUCUGGUGAAGUUCCGCUGUAUGGUGCAGGACAUGUUCGACCCAGAGUUCUACCUGGGGGUGUACGAGGUCACGGACACCAAGUUGGGAGCUAAAUCUCUGAGAAGUGGGAGAUACAAGGACAUUGCAGAAUGUCUGCCCCAUCAGGAAAUUGACCUGGACUCGCCCCAGAACGUGACCCUUGACCGUCAGACCCUGUACUGCGUGCCUGUGCCGGGAGAGAACUCUUGGGUCAAACAGGGGUUUACUAACUCCAGCCAGGCGCGCGUCGUGCCUUCCACAUCCUACCAGCCUGUCCGUAACAAGAGAGGGCUGGAAGAGGAAGAAGAUCAGACUCCUCAGCCCAACAACAACGCCCCUAGCACCGAGGGUCCAAACUGCAGCACCGAAGUAUCAGACACACCUGAAGCUGAGAACACAGAGGCCAAACGGACAAGAACAGAAGAUGAAGCUGGUGCUUUGCCCAGCCCUAUUCCAGACUUAAACUUCCCACUUCCAGGCGAGACAGGCCCAGCUUGCCUUGUGAAGGUGUAUCAAAGCAGUGACAGUCUGAAGUUGAAUGAUGUUGUUGAGUUUGUUGGUGUGUUGUCCAUCGACCCUGCAUUGGCUACAUUUAACAGUGGAACUGGGGAGACAGGGACAUCAGCCUAUGAGGAUGGAGGAGACAUGAUGGACGUUGAGGAGCAGGCAGCCCACAGCCCGCCCCCCUCCCUCGUACCCAGACUCCACGCCAUCCUGGUGCAGAAGCUGGUCCACACCAACCCGGGGCUGCCUGUCGACCUCACCACACCAGCGGCCGUGUCUGGUGUAUCAGCCCUGAUGUCUGAGGUGACACAGAUAAGACAACAACUGUGUUCACUGUUGACUGAAGCUCUGCUGGGAGACAGUCUUGCUGCAGAAUAUCUGCUGCUGCAUCUCAUAUCUUCUGUUUAUGGCAGGAGAGAUGUGGUGGCUCUGGGCAAGUUCUCGCUGAACAUAAGUGGCUGUCCGAGAGAGACCAGCUAUCCCCAACUACUGUACAGACUACUGCAAGAUUUAACUACAAAGUCCCACUUUCUACCUCUAACCCUGGCCAACAUGAACUCCCUGAGGAUAACCCCUAAGAAGGACUACACAGCGAACAGGCUGCUGAGCGGGGUGCUUCAGCUGAGUGAGAGAACACUGCUGGUACUGGAUGAAACACAGCUGGAACCUGGGCAGUUACAAACAACAGGAGUGAUGAAUGUACAGGCCUUAGGUACUGCAGUGCAGUGGCAGAAGGUGGACUACGACUUCGACUUCCACAAGACAGAGUUUCCUUGCAACCUGAGAAUGCUACUGCUGUCAGAGGGAAGAUCUCUCAUACAGACCGACUGCCAAGUGCCCCUUCAGCCCCCCUCCCCACCCUCACAACUGGAGAACAUGUUCCACCGUAUCCAGGCAUCCCUGACAGGAGAUUACCUGGCCAAGGUGCGCUCUUACCUGACGGUCACGGAGCUCAUGGAGUACACCUUACCAGAGGGCAUGCAGAAGGUGAUUGAAGAAGACUUUGUCAAGAUGCGCAGUGACGACCCCAAAAACAUGACUGCAGAGGACCUACACUCACUACUAGUGGUGGCAAGGCUGCUAGCCCUGAGCGUCGGCCAGACCACCCUGUCCCAGGAGGUGUGGGAUCGAGCCAAACAGCUGGAGACAGAGAGGAAGACCAGAGUGAAGGCACAGCCGCAACCACAGGCCAGAAGUUAGCGGCACGUCAGCAACUCCUGCACUGAAACAUUGGUCAUUGUCAACCCAACAGGACUCUUGGGUGGGGUUUGGCGUGAGGAAACACUUUUGAAUCAGACUUGGAUGAUAAAACUUGUCCCAUAUGUACUGUUUGUCUAUAUUUUGUGGUAAGUCAAUAUGUUACCGUUAGAACUCAAAGUUAACCUUCUCCCUGCUGCCUAUACUACUAAUUUAAAACAUCAUGCAAAAUGGCAGCUUUGGAGGGAAGAAGGUAGUGAAACAUUCAAUGUAGUCCAGAAAUAAGACAAGAGGGCACUAUUGCUAAGAUGAAUUCUUUGAAAAUCGGUCACACUUUUAAGACAACAAAUUAACAAUAUACAAUGUCAAUGUAUGCCUUGUGUUUUCCUUCAUUAGUUGCUAUAAGUGGUGUGGCUGUGGAAUAUUUCUCUGUAACACGAAGAGUAAACAAAAUAGAAUUGCUAUUUUCCAUUGUGCUUAAGUUAUGGUAUGUCAUAUACAUUGUACAUAUAUUUUUGUCAUGGUUGUUGAUUAUGGUGUCAUCUUACAUAUAGAUAUGUCCAUCACGUUCUCUGCACAUACCCAUGAUCACCAUUCAGUCCAUUUUAGCUCUCCUUGCUGCCACUAAUCACUACAUCAUUAUGUACGUAGUCUUUGAACAAUGAUAACUUAACUUUUUACCUUGGAAGCUGAUCUAAUAUGAAGUCAACUUAUUCCAGUUUUGGACUUAUUCCAGUUUAUUCCAGCCAUGGUUUAUGAGUAAAUUCAGAAUCUGUACUGUCAUUUCUAAAGCUUAUAUAAUGUUGUAUUAAACUCUGUUAAACAUUUGGCAUUACUGACUUGUCAAGAAAAUGAUAUGGAUAUAUAUGUGUGUGUUUGCAUACGAUAAAGCUCUGCAUUCCCUAUAGCUUUGUGUAAGAUGACUUGUGGUGUAAAAAUGAGCUACUACAUCGUAUUAAAGAUCUCUAAAAAGAGUGGAAUUUCA